UCGGCGAUUUUUUAGAAAAUACCUCGCUUUGUGCAGGAAAAUAAAACAUAUUUUUAUAUCGCCGUUUUGGGAUGAGGUAAGCGGUAAGCGGUAAGCUGCUGACAGCGCUGACCAGAAACUGCAUCUCCAAAGCCAUUUAUCAAAACUAAUAGCCACCAAGAUAAAGCCUGAAAAAGUGCAAAACGAUGGGGGGCGAAAGUAAAGCCAUUAGGAGGAAUGCAACCAGAAAUAAGAGAGGCAAACUAUCAUCGAUGAAAUAAGCGAAAAUCGGAGGCAGGAGAUUCCUUUUGAAGCACCAUAAGUGUAUCUGUAAGCUGAAAGAUAUAGCAGGCUGGAAUUUUUCUAACAUUUACUUCUGGAUUGUAUUCAAAUACAUAUUCUACUAGAAAGAAAAGGAGUUAGUUCACCUCAAAGAAAUGGAACGUACAAAUGAAGAGAUUCCCAGAUGUGUUGCUUUUGAAAGGAACUUGGCCCAUGAGUACUGGAAAUGGUUUCUCCAGAAGCUUGCCCAACUCAAGAGCCUCUGCUUUUGGCCAAGAUGCAACAUAAGACCAACACUAGCCGGUGAUCCUCAGUUGCUGGAGAGGAUUAGCCAAGCUCGGGGCUGGAAAACCGCAGCCAUCCGGUAUAUUGAGUUCCACCCGACCACGUCAUUGAUGGCACUUUUGAACAACCGGGACGAGGUUUUGAUCUACGACAAGAGGAGCGAGUGCCCCAUCCGACUGCAAUCCGUUAAGCAGAGGGACACCACCUGUGCCGCCUUUCGUCCUUGGUCCCACAGUUCUGAAUUGGCCGUGGGAUGUGCAGCCGGGAUUUGCUUGUGGCAGGAUACUCGGCGUCUCAAUGUCGAGCUAAAUAUUCGAAAUAUGACGGGCACUCAUCACUUGCAAGUCCAGGAGGAUGCGGGCCACCAGUAUGUGACUUCAAUGCAGUGGAACGAAGAUGGCACCAUCCUGAUUACAGCCGCAUUGGGCUCAUCGCACAUCGUACUCUGGGAACCGGACAGCCAGCAGAAGAUACGUUUGAUACCCAAUCCGGAGAGCUCAAGCUCAUUUUCCCUGCUGCGCUAUAGUCCCGAUUUUCAGGUGCUUUUUUGCGCCUCCUGCGAUGCCGGCGCCAGUCUUUGUCAACUGAAUAGAUCGGAAUGGAGGUCGAAACAGGUCCUUAUGCAGCAUCGCAUUCAAACGGCCGUCUGGACACCGUGUGGCUCCUUUCUGCUCCUUGUGACGGAUGGCAGCACUCGGAUUUACUCGUGCACCAACAAUGGCGAGGCCACGGUUUUCCUCUUCCCCAAGCCGCUGUGGAGAGUGGAGUUGGUAAUGGAUCUGCAGGAGGUCACCACCUGUGCUGGGCAGCAGCGGUACUGCGGUGAGCCCCAGACCUUCGCCAUGGAUCCACUGGGCAUCUACAUGGCCAUCAUCUUCAAGGCGCAGUCCUUCGUGCUGCUCUGGCUCUUGGACAACUCGCGACCGGGUGCAGUGCGACUGCUACCCCUGGAAUUCAUCUGUUGCAACGUGGAUGGUGACCAAUAUCCCACUUGCAUCGCCUUUGGAGUUUCCAGUGCGCAAACUAGGUUGUUGGUCAUUUGCUGGAAUACCGGGCACAUUCAGCGUUAUGCCAUCACUGCCAAGUGCUUCAAAGAAGCCCAAUUAAUUCAUAACUUAAAGUAAGAAGUAUACAAAUGUACUACCCAAGUUCCAAGUUGCAAGUUAAAUAAAAUAAAUGGCGUGAAUA